AGAACAAGAAGAAAAGCAGUAACGAGUUUAGAAUUGAAAACAAAAGAACUGACAUUUCAGCGUCGCUUCACGGACUAUUACAACAUCAAAUUCUCGAUCACGGGACUUUGGAGAAACUUUUCAAGCGCGCUGGGUUUGUUUCGUUCAUCUAGCUGUAUGUAUUUAGAGCUGUCCUUCUGUACUAUGGUCAUCAUGGAAGUGCCCACUAUCGAUUCGGCCUCACUUCGGGAUAUGUUGGAGGGAGACGACCCGGAUUGUUUGGUUUUGGACUGUCGCUCCUUCUUUUCUUUCAGCGUAUCUCACAUUUCGGGCUCCAGUAAUGUGCGCUUCAGUACUAUCGUGCGCCGGAGGGCCAGAGGGGGGCUGGGGCUUGAGCACAUUGUGCCCAACGAGGACACCAGGAACAGGCUUCUGUCCGGGGAAUACCAGAGUGUCGUUUUCCUGGAUGACCACAGUCUAGAGAUGGGAGAAGUGAAGAAAGACGGGACUUUAAUGCUCGCUGUGAACGCGUUGUGCCGCAAACAAUGUGGAGCAAGUGUAUACCUUCUUAAAGGUGGAUUUGACACAUUUUCCGCUGAGUUUCCUGAAAAGUGUACAAAGACCGUCCCCCCACAAGGCUUGAGUUUACCUCUGAGCUCCAACUGCCAUUCAAACACCGCUGAUUCCUCCUGUAACACAUGUACAACCCCUCUGUAUGAUCAGGGUGGCCCUGUAGAAAUCCUGCCUUUCCUAUAUUUGGGCAGUGCUUAUCACGCUUCCAGAAAAGACAUGCUGGACAUGUUGGGGAUCACCGCUCUUAUUAACGUCUCUUCCAACUGUCCCAACCACUUUGAAGACCACUACCAGUACAAAAGCAUUCCAGUUGAAGACAACCACAAGGCUAACAUCAGUUCCUGGUUCAACGAGGCCAUCGAAUUUAUUGAUUCUGUACGGAAUAAAGGUGGACGUGUCUUUGUUCACUGCCAAGCGGGAAUCUCGCGCUCUGCCACCAUCUGUCUGGCUUAUCUGAUGCGCACCAACCGCGUCAAACUGGAAGAGGCCUUCGAAUUCGUUAAACAGCGACGCAGCAUCAUCUCGCCCAACUUCAGCUUCAUGGGCCAGCUUUUACAAUUCGAGUCGCAAGUUCUGGCCUCCUCUACGUGUUCCUCAGAAGCAGGAAGCCCCGCCAUUGGCAAGAACAGCACUGUGUUCAACUUCCCCGUCCACACAGCGGCCAGUCCUCUUUCCUUCCUGCAGAGUCCCAUCACUACCUCACCCUCCUGCUGAGACACACUCUUUAAAGUGGUCAGACUCCUAAUCUCGCCUCUCAACCGGCGAGACUUUUAUUUAUAUGAAGACUGUAUGAUCCCUGAGGUGAUCUUGCCAGUAUUAAAAGCCUCGGGAAUCUUCCUGAAUGUUCCUGUUGCUAACUGUUUUCCACGAUUGCUCAAUUUGACGAUGGCUAAUGUAGCCUAGAACUCUGUUUUAGCAUUUUUAUACUGUGGUCCAUAUUUGACUUAACCUUUUAAUGUGACGAAUAUUAAAGGGACCGUUCACCUGAGAAUUUUACUCGGGCUUCACUCAAUUCAAAUCUUUGGGUUACUAUUUUUUCUGUUGAACACAUAAGAUAUUUUGAGCAAUGUUAAAUCUGUACCCAUCGACUUCCAUAGUAAGUUUUCCCUACUUUGGAAGCCAAUGUUUACAAGUUUUCAGCAUUUUCAAAAUACGUUUUCAAAAGAAACAAUAGUGAGAAUUAAAUUAAGUGAAAAAUCUCUUUAAAGUAGAAACUGUCCUCCAUUGUGUUAUUAUUUUGAUCUUGAUAAUCAGUUUUGUGGUCAUUUGUUAGCAUCAAAAAAGCCCCAUGUCUUAUAGGUUGCUCAGGGAUUGUCGUCCUUUUUUAUGUUGUUGUUUUGAUUAUGUGAGUCUGAGGAGGGAGGGAAGUCACUAGACUUGAAGGUGCUAUCAAAAAGUACUGCUACGAUUUUUAUUCUUAGAACAUUGAAUGUAGUCUUUCCAGGCUCUGCCGUAAGACAGUGGAUGUUGAAGUGUUUUAUUUUGUGCAAGCCUGUCAUGCCUUUUCAAAAAGCAAUCUGAUUCCAGACGUUUGCUUGUCUGUAAACAAACAGCGAAAUACCUCAUGUGUCUGUACUGUUGUCAGUCCGGUAAGAGUCCUCUUCCCUUAAGCACUACUAACAGGAAUUACUCUUACAGGGCUUUUUUUGAUAUGUGACUAUUUAUUGACUAAAUUAAUAUAUUUCUUAUGCUAUAUUUUUUCAUAUAUUUGUGAUACUUGCUGACAAAUAAACAUGUUUUUUAUAUGCAA